UGUGUUUUCGACACCAAGAUAGCAACAUGUGUUGUGUCAUGAAUAACAAAUUUGCUUUAUUUUGUGUUUUAUUUUUAUCGUUGGUGUCUGUUGAGACAUUUUUAACAAAGCAAGAGCUUGCAAUUGAGUGCCGGCGGUUUGACAAAUCGAUCGAUUAUAAUGAACAAAUUGUUGCAUUAAUAUUGGCAAGAGGCGGUUCAAAAGGGAUACGGCAUAAAAAUAUAGCGCAAAUCGUUGAUGUUUCAUUGUUGGGUCGAGCAUUACGAAUCAUUGGCAAUUGCCGUAAUUGCUUUCAAGAGGUAUGGGUGUCAACUGACAAUGAAUUGAUUGCUCGGGAAGCACGUCGUUAUAAUGCAAACGUACAUUAUCGGAGUGAAUAUUCGGCACGUGACGAAGCCACUUCAAUUGAAUCGAUACAGGAAUUUUUAAACGGUCAUUUGCACAUCCGUAACAUUGCGUUGAUACAAUGCACAUCCGUUUUUAUCUAUGAAUAUUAUUUGGAAAUGGCUGUAAAAUUAUUCAAUGAACCAAAUGUCGAUUGCGUUUUUUCUGUUCAAAGAAACUGGAAAUUACGAUGGAAACAAAUUGAAAAUUCAAAUCGAUUGACCGCAAUUAAUUUUGAUCCAAAAAACCGACCAAGACGGCAAGAUUCGAGUGGAGAAUUAGUAGAAACGGGAAUGUUUUAUUUCAUGCGACGCAACUUAGUUGAGAAUGAAGGACUUCUUCAGAAUGAUAGGUUUGAAUUUUAUGUCAAUUCGUUGAAAUCGAUAGUGAACAUUCUCUAGAAAUUGACUAUCCAUAUCAAUUACUGGUUGCCAAUAUUUUAGUGAAAAUGGUGAACUUGUAAUGGACUUUUUACAAUGUCAACUCAUAAAACUUUUUUUUUAUUUUUCAUUAAUACGUACAAACAUUUUUAAUAAAUUCUUUUUUCAAAUGUAAUUUAUUUACUCAAAUUGUUUUGUGAUAAAUGACUCGUAUAAAAUUGGCUGACAUUUAGAAUUGAAGAGUAAUAUGAUGUUGAUAAACUUCUUUCAAACUAAUUUACUACACUGUUAUAUAUACAAAUAUUUCUUUGUAUGUUUUUUUUUAUUUCUAUCGAAUUAUUCAAAGCAAAUCUACUGCAAAUAUUAGAAAAAUGAUGAAAAAACAUAAACAACUCGAUCAGCGACGAUAAACUAUAGAAGGUGACUACUACAUACACAACUAACGACGUCGCUCGUGCCCCACAUACCUCCACCGACUCAACAGCAGUAGUGAUGCGUGUAUAGUUGUCGACCUUCAAAUAGUCGCCGUUGGUUAUCAAUGUUUUAAUUUUUGUUUUUAUCCAUUUUGAUAUAAAUUUAAUUUUUUUUGAAACCUCUCUCUAAUAAUACUAAGAGUGGAUGUUAUCUACUACUAAAUAACAAUAAAGGAUUUUUCACUUUCACCAAA